AUAUGAUGAUUUUAUUCGGAGUCCCAAAUGAAAUUAGCACGGAAUCAUCAAACAUCCAACUCCUAACGUCAAGCUUUAUUUUGCCUCUUGCCUCCGCCACCGCACAGUUGACCCCUCCUCCUUUUCUUCCGCCGUGCUCCGUCGCUCGAUGACCUCCACGCUGCCGUCUUCCCCCACCUGGCCUCUCCUUAACCGUUCCGAUCCCCGCCUCGCUCCUCCUCCAUUCAUGGCCGACGGCUCUCCUCCCCCUCACAGUCCCGACGCAGAUCAUCACUCCCCGCUCUCCGACCUCUCCGCUCUCUCAUCCGCCGUCAUUUCUGCAGACUCUGACGAAGAUCCCCGCCGCCCCCUGACAUCUUCUCCUCUAGACGCUGCGAUUACACCGAAUCUUAACUAUAACACUUCUUCUCAACCUGUUGAUUCCUUUACACCAUCCCUCCUCCACCUAUCAUUCAACCAGGACCACGCCUGCUUUGCUGCCGGAACCGAUUGUGGUUUCCGAAUCUAUAACUGCGAUCCUUUUCGAGAGAUUUUCCGCAGGGACUUCUCCAACAGUGGCGGGCGCGGUGGGAUUGGUGCGGUUCAGAUGCUCUUUCGGUGUAACAUCCUGGCCCUGGUUGGUGGAGGUCCCGGGCCGCAGUAUCCCUUGAAUAAAGUUAUGAUCUGGGAUGAUCAUCAGUCUAGGUGCAUCGGUGAGCUGUCGUUUCGCUCUGAAGUGAAAUCUGUCAGGCUUCGGAGGGACAGGAUUGUAGUUGUUCUGGCUCAGAAGAUAUUAGUUUACAAUUUCACGGAUUUGAAGCUGUUGCAUCAGAUAGAAACUGUGGCAAACCCCAAGGGAUUGUGUGAGAUCUCCCAUGUGUUUGGGUCUAUAGUAUUGGUUUGCCCUGGGUUGCAGAAGGGACAAGUGAGGAUUGAGCACUAUGCUUCCAAGAAAACAAAGUUUAUUAUGGCACACACCUCGAGGAUCUCAUGCUUUGCACUCACAAACGAUGGGAAGUUGCUGGCAACUGCAAGCAGUAAAGGGACUCUUGUUAGAGUGUACAAUACUUACGAAGGAUCAAUGGUGCAAGAGGUUAGAAGAGGUGCAGACAGAGCUGAGAUAUACAGCCUUGCUUUUAAUUCAACUGCUCAAUGGCUAGCUGUCUCUAGUGAUAAAGGAACUGUUCAUGUUUUUGGUUUAAAAACUGAUUCACGACCAAUAACAGUUGAGAGAUCUCAUGAUCCCACUAAUGUAACUACUUCAUCAGCUGCUUCAAAUUUCUCCUUCAUUAGAGGAGUGCUACCAAAAUAUUUCAGCUCUGAGUGGUCUGUGGCCCAAUUCCGCUUGCAAGAAGGUUUGCAACAUAUUGUUGCCUUCGGACACCAAAAGAAUACGAUUGUCAUACUAGGCAUGGAUGGCAGUUUCUAUAGAUGCCAAUUCAAUCCAAGCGAAGGCGGGGAGAUGAGCCUUUUGGAACACCAUAAUUUCUUGAAGCCCGAGGACAGCUUCUAACUAGUAAAACUUGUGUAUGAUCUAUCUACCUAUGUACAAUUUCUAGUGUUGUCUUUUCGUUACAUCGCGAACGAACUAUAACAU